CCGGAAGUGUGUGUGCAGGUAAAGUCUGCUGACAGUUGCCUCCCGUUAGCAGAGGCUUGGCAGUAGCUUGCUGGGGCCGUUUAUUGGUACGUUUUUGGACUUUUAAUCGGAUCCAAUUUCAUACAAACAUGUCGGCCGGAGUCGGAGGAGUACCGGCCGGGGAGAGCAACAAUGAUCGCGGCGGCUCCGGAGGCAGCAGCGGCGGGGGCAGCGCUGAGACGGAUCGGGCCACCUUCGAGUGCAACAUUUGCCUGGACACGGCCCGAGACGCGGUCAUCAGUUUGUGUGGACACUUGUUCUGCUGGCCCUGCCUUCAUCAGUGGUUGGAGACUCGUCCGAGCAGACAGCAGUGUCCUGUGUGUAAAGCCGGCAUCAGCAGAGACAAAGUGAUCCCUCUGUACGGACGAGGCAGCACCAGUCAGGACGACCCCAGGUUGAAAACGCCUCCCCGGCCUCAAGGACAGAGGACAGAACCAGAGAGCAGAGGAGGGGGUGGGAUGUUUCAGGGUUUGGGCGACACAGGGUUCCACAUGUCCUUUGGUAUUGGAGCGUUUCCCUUUGGUUUCUUCACAACAGUUUUCAACGCCAACGACCCCUUUCACAGAGCAGACCAGUAUGCGGGUGAGCACCAGGCCAACGGAAACCAUAACAACGGUAACCCUAACAACAACAACUGGCAGGACUCCCUCUUCCUGUUUGUCGCCAUUUUCUUUUUCUUCUGGCUCCUGAGUGUGUGACCUCUACAACAUCUGGAUCUACAGCAACACAACAAGAACUACGGCAGUUAAAAUGGCCAAAAAGACUCACGAUUGUUCCCAGUAUGGUUCAUAAUAGGGCCGUGGGCAUUGGGAGACCAUUUUAUUGUAAACCACAAGGCCAAAGAGUAGCAGCAUUCAUCAUUGUCAAAGCAAAUGGACAGAAAGAAAUGUAGCAGGGUUGAAUUUUUUGAGCUACAUUUUGUCUUAACUUAAACUGCCAUUGCACUGUGAAAACAACACUAAACUAAUGUCCCAUGUGAAUGAGAAGAGAGGGACAGUCAAAUGAGGAAGUCCAAUAGGCUGCAGUCAUGAGACAACACACUUUGAAAACUAAAAUUGAAUUGAGAGGCAGGUCAGUACUAUAUUUGGAUUUCAAUGUUAAAAUGCAUGUAUAGCAAUCUGUUUUUUGGUUAAACUAGUUUUCCUAUUUAUUGCCCUCUUUUGCCAUGAAAUAUUCAAAAGGUAAAUGGACAAAUGUUGACUUGUAUAAUUUCUGUGACUGACCCUAGAAUUCACCAUAUAACAACAAAACUGUAUUUUAACAAUGUAAAUUUUUGCUGCCCCCAUCUGUAUUAAAUAGCCUAUUACUGACCUAUAGAAUAUUGUGAUGAUUGAACAUUGAACGCAGCCUAUUGGUGAAGCAGGUUUGAAGGAAAGAUCGGUACAAAACAGUUUUAAGAGGCAGGUUUCACAAAGAUAUUGGUACGACACAAUGUUGUUUUUUUCACUCGUAUUUAAUUUUUAUCAAAAGAACAAAAUACUAACUUUUUCAAAAUCUUUUCUUUCUUAUAAAUAUUACAAAUACAUAUUUAAUGAGAACACAUUAUAGUUAAAGUCUGAAUAAAAAACUUAACUAAAGUGAUAAUAUACAACCAAAACUCUUGCACAUAGACCUAAUUAACAACUUAAAUUAAAUUGUCUUUUAAAGGGCCUAUAUUAUACUAUUUCCUGAUCCAUGUUAUGUUGUUUUCAAUCUCGUCUCGUUCCAAUUUAUAUCACCAAGAUACUUCAGUCAAAUCAAUGAAUCAAUCAAUCAAAAUGGAUAUGAAUCCUUAAAUGCCUUAGUACUAGCAAUACUACUUAAUAUUUCAAUUAUCUGUUCAUUUGUGUAAUAUUUUUGUAUUGCUAUGUGAUCUCUUAACCCUUUCCACUGUUCUAUAUAACUUAUCUUUGUGGAACCAGCCUUUAUUUAAACCAUCAACUUAUUUGGUAGCGUUUCAAAGUCAAAAUUGUGAGGAUUUGAUGAAUUUUGUCCCACCUCUGUCACCGUACACUUUUGUAUGCAUCUGUAUGUUUGGGUGAGUGUGAAAACACUAUAUAUUUGUACAUAUAAAUAUUGUAAAAAUGAGGUUUGAUGUAAGUGUUAAAGUGAAGAGGAGCUGUAGGUGGAGGUAGACCAAGACCAAGUGUAUGAACAAAUCUGGUUUGAGAAUGCCAAAAAUCUUAUGGAGGACUAAAAUCGGGUUUCGCUGUUACCAUGGAGACACAAUGCACACAUUAGCUCAUUAACAGUCUAAUGUGUGAAGAUGUGUGAUGAAGUAUUUAGAUUGUCUGAAAACUCAAGAAAAACUACAAUAUGGAUUUAAAUAACACAUUUUCAGCAGCCUGUGAAUACUACUCGCAUUUAUGGUUCUGUUUGAGUGACUAACAGGGCAAAUCAAUUAUUAUUCCUAUUUAGUCAGCUCUUUAUGGUCAGAUAGUGUUAAAACAAAUCUCAAAUUAAAGUCUAAUAUAUGUAAUAGAGCUUCAGACAGUUAGCUUCGCCCCCCCAUGUGGGUGACAUCUGCUGCAAAGUAUCAAUAGCAGUUCUCCUUAAUGAUACACACUUUAUUUCCGUGUAGUAAGCAGAGACAUGCUCCUGUUUUAGAAGUAUUGAUAAUAAAGUGUAGUUCAUGGUCCAUUUAGCUAAUUACUCUGAAUAAAUCUUAAAUUCUGCAACAUAAUUCACAUGUUAAUUUUAAUAUUUUUUCCACCAUUCUAUCCUCUACUUUUUUAACUUAUUCUAGAAGAUGAUUAGUUUCCUCAACCUCAAAAAUGCUAUAUGUGAAUUAUUUAUGUUGAAAAUUAAACUGUAAACUAGAUUCAAUUUUAUUCAAGCAAAGUUUGGUCCUCCAUAAGAAAAGGCAUUUGAGACAUUUGGGGGGUCUUUUUAGUGUCAUAAUUUUACAGUAGCACAUGCUUUUGCUUGUUAUUUGACAAUGACACUAACUCCAAGCACUAAAGCCUGUAUAGCUAUGAAUUACCCCAUUAAACAAGUGGAUUUAAACAUGCUUGUUAAAAAUGCUUGUUAAAAUGAUACAAAAUGCUAAUUAUUUUUGGUCUGUCAAGCUUUUAAGUCUUCAGUUCAGUGAAUGGACAGAUGGUUCUUGGGUAAUUUCUCUCACACUUUGUAUUAAGUCACUAAACUACAUUGUGAAAGCAUCGUUCAAAAACCAAACUGAAUCAAAGGAAAUUAAAGGCUGAAUUAAAGUU